AUGAUUCGCAGCCAAUCUGACCAUCGUCUCCUACCGUCAUUGGCAACCAGCCCAAACAGAAGAAGAAUUGAAUAUUCCAGCGAGCAGCGCCAACCAAUCUCACAAGAUAUCCUUUCAGAUUCAGGCCACAGACUUGCGAGCGCGCUUGGUUUUGCGCCCGAAUCGGUACUCAAUUAUGGCGCCCCAAGCGCCCACGACAGAACGCUACAAAACGUCGAUGAUUUUUUGACGGCGGGACUUAAUUCGCUCUUCAUUUCUGGUCCAAUGGCCGUGGCCAAUCAGCGGCCAGCCACCGCUCCUCUUCCACAUGAAUUGUCAGAUUCAAUCCCUACUGCCGCACCGGACUCUAAUUUUUCAGGUCUUAGAGUUAGGGCCACUCAGAGCACUAGCUCCAGUAUGAUGGCAUCGCAUUCAGGCCCUGCUAGGGCCAGAGCUCGCGGUGCGGCCCCAGCGACAGGAACAGUUGGGGCCGCUAGUGGCCCUAGCAUCAGUGCGACUAGUCCAACCAGUCCUACCAUCAGACAGAGAAACACCAGGAACAGAAACACGCAGCGAUUCCGAAAUCAACUGCGGGAAUUAAUUGAGCAUUUAAAUAGUGAAAAUCCGUUGAGGAGACCGGUUUCACAAGGAUUUUCUCCCACAGACUCUCGCGCCGGCAGUACUGACUCGAGCCCUCUGGCAGGCCCUAGCCGCGAAACCGCAGUGAUCACCAUGUCCGACCUCCACUACCUCCAGACCUAUGACAUGAGAAACAAUUUCUACCUCAAUUUGGUGACAUGGUCGAGGCCACAUAAUAAAAUUGCUGUUGCCGUCAAGGAUAAAGCAUAUUGGUGGGACGGGCUGCGUUACGUGGCCCAGAUAAAUCUACAAGGGAACCAAAAACCCAUCUCUGUGAUUUCUUGUGGACCCACUGGAGUGUUGGCAGUAGGGCUACAGGAUGGCCUCCAGGGAUGUCUCAGCCUAUUCCUCAAUGCUCGGAGACGGCUAACAAUUUCGCACGACUGCUCGUUUCAAUGUAUUGCAUGGUUUUCAACGGGCCCAUUUUUGGCGGUCGGUGAUAUGCUUGGAAGAAUAUACAUCAUGGAGUAUGACUAUGACUCGGUGGUGGUCAAGGCAGAAUGGAGGGGCUUUGACCAACAGGUGUGUGGUAUGUACUGGAACACAAACAGAGCACAGAUAAUACCGGCUUGGCUAUCUAACUGUUGCUUUUCUUCUCUUCUCUUCAUCUGCAAUUUGUUUCUAGCUCACUAA